AUCUGACCCUAAACGCAUGAAUGAAUUUUGCGCACGACCGUUAAAAUCGCGUCUUUCCACCCGCUACAGCUAGUGAACACAAACAUUGCAUAUGCUCAUGCGCAAGAACAAUGCUGCGCAUUCGGGUGCGUCUGUUACGCCUUGCCUUGCGCAAAGGACAGACGUUGCGGAGCAAAACGAGUUACGCUGGUUACUAUUAUUAAAACAAAGAACAGCGAAUAUGAGGUAAUUUUAUUCAUCAGUUAGUUGCCGUGCCUGAAAGAUGCAAGUGUUUUAAGUUUGCUAUCCAGCACAGAAAUGGAGGUCACUACCGAGAAAGGAUACUUCCACAAGUACGCUAAAAAGUUCCGUCGUAUGAUCACACCGGAAGAGUUCGAACAGUUUGCAAGCCUUUCGACCGAUCGGGAGCGGUUCGCGUUUGUGAACGAUCUGAAGUUGCGCAAAGUAAUUGAAUUACCUCUCGAACAAUCGGUAGAUAAGGGUAAAUAUUUGGAAAAGGCUCUGGAGCAUAGGGCGGAUGGUGAUCGAUUACAACGAGAUGGAGAUUUGUUGGAGGCAUUGAAAUGUUACAAUCAGUGCUAUUUGCUUUUGCCGGCAGACAACGUACUCGAGAAAGCGCACCUCCUGGAUAAUCGAUCGCAAAUACUGUUGCAGCUUGGUAAAUUAGAUCAAUCGUUAGAGGAUGCCAAUCAAGCAAUCGACUAUGGAUAUCCAGAAGAACAACUGGCAACGGUAUGGGAACGCAAGGCGCGAAUUUUUCAGUGCAAGAAGGAUUUCAAAACGGCUGUUGAAUGUUUUGACAAAACGAUCCAUUAUUUAACUAAACAAUCCAGUCUAACGCCCGAACAACGGGACGAAAGGAUUGAGAAACUGAGAAAAAUCAGCGAUACUGUAUACUACCAGUUUAAAAACGUACAGAAGUACCUAGAACCGCCCAAAGAAACUCGACUGUUUCAAUCUCACCUGGACAGUAGUGUACAGUACGAUAGCACCGAAACAGAGGGUCGAUUUGCUACGGCCAAGACAAACCUGCGCCCAAAUCAAAUGAUUCUAAAAGAAAAACCACAUGCUGCCACCUUGUUACAAGAAUAUAGUGAAACGCACUGCAGUGAUUGUUUCGAGAGAAUCGAAGUAUUGUACUGUUGUUCUGACUGUACUAAUGUUGUGUUUUGUUCGAGACGAUGUGAACAAAAUGGAUGUACGUAUUAUCAUCGGUAUGAGUGUGAAUACUUGCGCUCACUGUGGAAUUCGGGUGCUACGAUUGUGAGUUUGCUGGCGCUAAGAGUUAUCACACAGAAGCCUUAUGCUUAUUUCGACAAAUUACGACAAGAUUUGACGGGAUUGAAGGCAAGCGUUACGGAUAAGCUUCCAGAUGAUGACUACAGAAAGAUAUUCAACUUGGUUACACACUCGGAUAAACGUAGCACUGAGGAUUAUAUUAUUUGGACUUUGAUGGCGACCAUGCUGAACUCAGUACUGAGGAUGACUAGCUACAAUAGAGAACAACAAGACGAUAACUUUUUAGGAUAUCUGCUUCUACACAAUCUGCAAAUAAUCAAUUACAAUGCACAUGAUGUUUCGGAAGUCCAACGCAAACACCCAAACGAAGCGGGAGUAUCUGUCGCCGUAGGAGCAGCACUGUAUCCGAUGUUGGCCCUAUUCAACCACUCCUGCGAUCCUGGCAUUGUACGGUACUUCACCGGCACGACAGUGCAUGUUAGGACAAUUAAGAACAUCGCUGCCGGUGCAAUAAUCGCAGAAAACUAUGGACCACUUUACACACGAAUGUCCCGCCUGGAGCGUCGCCAAUCGUUGGCUACCAAUUACAUGUUCGAGUGUAACUGUCAGGCUUGUGAAGCAGACUGGCCAACGUGCGCAAACAUGACCCACUCGGUAAUACAGUUCCGAUGCACCGGUACUGAGUGCCAGGAGGCAGUACCGUACAGUCUUCACUCGGAUUGCCAAGGAGUACGGUGUAGCGCCUGUGGACACAUAAUAGACAUCGAUGAACGGAUUAGAUUGUUGCGGGAAGCAAACAUGAUUGGCCGGUUCAACGAGGCAAGCCAUCUCUAUCAGGUGGGUUUGUUCGAACACGCACUAUCCAAGUAUGCUGCUAUUAUGAUGAUCAUGGAUCAGGUGCUUGUACCACCCUAUCGCGAUUAUCACUUGUGCCAACAGGGAAUGCGCCGCUGUUGUCUUGAUCUGGGUAGUUUUUACGUUUCAUGUCCAACUCGCGAUAAGUAAUGGGAGUCCCCUAUAUUUGAAGCUGAAAGACAAAAACAAUGCUAACUUGGUUCGAUUAUUUACAACGCCCCAAAAACAUGUUAUUAUGGGUAGCAUAUCUAUUUCAUACGCAACACUACCGGAACGUUGUGAAUUGAUCACAUGCUUCCAGCUGCUGUUUUUCGCUGUUGCGUAAAUAAAACCGGAACAAAAAAAGAAUAAAACAAACAAAAUAAAACCGGCCUUGGCGCAUGCGUCCGAAUAA